AACAUGAAGACUACAUUGGUUUUGGUAGUUUUGCUUUGCGUCAUCGGUAUUACCGUUCAGGCUGACUUUUUGUGCGACUUUUGCACAACCUUUACCAGAAUAAUCAGGGAAUAUAGCGAAGACGAACUUCCACUGGAUCAAGUAGAAGCAAACGCAGCAGAAAUUUGUAAAGUUUUGCCAGAUCACAUAAAAGCUGUAUGCGAACAAUUAUUUUUGCCAAAAGUCGAAGAAAUUUACAAGCAGCUCGAAAACACAUCACAACCACAACAAAUAUGUGAUUCUUUAGAGUAUUGUUAGAGAUAUAG